GUCUUUCAUAAUAAUUUCCUGUUAAGCUUCGAAUAUGCCUGUUCCUCCCGCCUUGUGGAAUUUCAAGUCAGUUCAACAAAUAAUCAGCGGUCAGUCUUCAAGCAGUAGACUGGUAGACUUUACUGGGGUUAUUAUCUACCAUGGCAGGUGGGAGAGGGAUAGAUGCUGUAACGAGAUGAAGCAGCAUACUGGGCAGUUUUGGAUCAGGGUUUGGUUAAAAGUAUGUGAUCAUACUUCUCUUACUGGCGAGAUCACAGAUCGGGAGAGAAGUAAGGUGGACGCUGAAAAUGAGGAUGAACAGAUUAGGGAGGAUAAGGAUGAGGAUGAACAGAUUAGGGAGGAUGAGGAUGAGGAUAAGGAUGAAGAGAGAAGUGUCUCCAUUAAGAUGUAUAUUGAAAGAGAGAGAAUGGCGAGCAUGAAAGCCUUGAUUCCAGGUUAUCCUUGUGUUAUCUCCAACCUCAAGGUUAUUCAGAUUGAGAAUCAAUUUUCCCAUCUUGAAUGCACGAAUGAAACCCAGAUUUUUCCGGGCGAUGCUGGGUUUUCCAGUAGGUUUAUAUCACCACUAGAUACCGCCGCUGUAUCCAGCAGAGCACAGAUUGAAGCCUCCAACAGCGUGGUGGAGAUGUUCCGGACCUCCUGGCAGUCCAACAUGGCCUUUUGGGGAGAGAAGAUAUUAAAGUUUGGUUGUUUCGGCGGGAACGAACAUCCACCGCGGUCUGUUUCUGUUUCCUUUAAUAUUGUUGGAUUUGUACUUCGGGAUGCUGAAGCAGUAAAGAGUGCCAUUAUUAACCUUCCCUUCAAAACAUGUGUCAGAGUAAUGAUUGGAGGAAGUGUAUCUUGUAUUCGAACCAUGUCCAUGAAUGGAAGUCUAGCUGAUCAGAUCCAGGAGGAAGAGAUCAUUGAUAUCCCUGAAGGAGAUGAAGCUGAAUACUCAGCUAGAGAUGUACUUGACUAUGUACUUAGUAAAGUACCUGAAGUUCAAGGAGAAAGCAAACAAGUACCUGAACCUAUACCUGAACAUAUACCUAAACCCGUACAUGUACCUGAACUUGAAUUUUGCUCUUCAAUCCCCAGCCAGCAUAGUUUUUUAAGGAGUAUUUCAGGACUGACGUUAUCAGAAAUCCGGGAAACAGUUUCUGAAACCUGUUUUCUGGAUCAUAAUAGUGCGGAAUCAGUCAGUUCAAGAUCUGGCAGUAUAAUACCUUCUAGAUUUUGUAUGGUGCAGCUGAUUGUACGAGGAUGUAAACUAUGGUGUCAAGCUUCAAUACAACUUAAAGAACAGUUGAUUGAGACGAGGGGAAGGAAUUGUAGAUAUUGUGUAGACCUAUUCCGGUUUCAGGGAACCAAGGGGCCUCAUUCUUCAUCAGGUGUUGAGUCGGUACUACGCCUUAUUCUUCCAAAUCAUGAACCUGAUCAAUCCUCAGCCAGAGGAGGAAUACAACAACAUGAUGAAGAAGAUAUAGCUGGCAAUGAUACAUUAGAUUUCCUUGCUCCAUUCAAUAAUAAAUAAUGUUUUCUUAA